AUGAAUGUACUGUUAUAUUCUGAGAUUCCUGUUCUAUUGAAGAAACCCAAAAUUUUCUUUUCAAUCAAACCUCGCACACUCUUGUUCUCUACCUUGCCUGGGGAGAACCCGCCAUUUUAUAUACCUUCAUUGUCUGUAAAGCUUGCUUCUUCUCUUGAAAACUGUUCAGACACAAAUUUUCUGAAGAAGCUACACGCUUGCAUAUUAACACGCGGGCUUGAACACGACUCGUCUUUGGGCUCCAAGCUUCUCAAUAGCUACGCCAAGUUCGACCUUUUAGCUGAAUCGAAAUGGAUAUUUCACAGAAUUAGCGACCGCGAUUUUUCUAUUUGGAAUCCGACUUUUGUUGGGUAUUUUAGAGCGUUUCACUACGAUGAAGUCCUCGGGUUGUAUGCAGAAUUGAAGAGAAGGAGCAUCGGUAUCUAUGGCGCAGCCGUAACGUUUACAGUGAAGAGCUGCGGCGUGUUGGGCGACUUGAAAUUUGGGAGAGCUGUGCAUUUGGAUGCUGUGAAGCUCGGGCUGAAUACAGAUGAAAAUGUAGGGUCGUCUCUCGUCAAGCUGUAUUCCGAGCGAGCUGCCAUUGGGGAUGCAGCUAAGGUGUUCGACGAAAUAAUUGACAGAGAUGUUGUUGUGUAUACCGUGAUGAUUAGCGGCUAUGCUCAAGGUGGUGAUCGGUAUGCCUACGAGGCUUUCAGAGUCGCACAUGAGAUGCAGAGGGAAAACAUUGAACCAAAUCGUGUUACUUUGGUUAGCUUACUUCAAGCAGCGUCUUCCAUGGGAGCACUGCAAGAGGGAAAUGCAGUUCAUGGAUAUGCUCUCAGGAGAGGGAUCGAUUGUUCGAAUGAUUUUUUCGUGACAACUCUGAUGGACAUGUAUAUAAAGUGUGGUGUCCCAGAUAAGGCCACUGCAGUGUUUGUGAAUUCUAGAACGAGGAGUAUCGGUUCUUGGAAUGCUUUGAUUGCUGGUUAUCUUAGGCUAGGGCAGUCUAUGGAGGCUCUGGAGCUUUUUGUUCAGAUGAUGAUGGAAAACCAUAAACCUGAUUUGAUUGCUAUAACGAAUGGGCUGUCAAGUUGUGGUGAUCGACAGUACUUGCGUGGAGGAAAGAGCCUCCAUGCUUACAUACUCCGAGGUGGAUAUAAGCUUGAUCUUGUUGCUACUACAACUCUAAUGGAUAUGUACUCGAAAUGCAAUUGCGUGAUCCAGGCUGAAGCAGUAUUUGGUAGAACAGAACGCAAGGAUGUCGUCCUGUUUAAUGUGAUGAUAGCUGGUUAUCUUCAAAACCGACUUCCCAAUCAGGCUGUGAAGUUGUUUCAUGAAAUGCUGUGGAUGGGAUUUCAACCAAACAUAAGCACGAUAAUCAGUGUACUCUCGGGAGUUUCUGAUCUGAAUGAUGCAAUACAAGGAAAUGGCAUCCAUGGGUUCCUGCUGAAACGCGGGCUUCAAUCCAACACCGAAUUAGCUAAUCAGCUCGUUGAAAUGUAUGCAAGAUGCGGUCUCAUCAAAUCUGCAAGACGAGUAUUUGACAGGAUCGAGUAUAAGGACAUUGUAUCGUGGACAUCAGCUAUCAUGGGUUAUGUUAACAAUGGCCAGGCUGAGGAAGCCGUGAUCUUGUUCCAUCUGAUGCAAAGAGAAAAGAUAAAUCCCGAUUCCAUUACAUUAGUAGGUUUGCUCCAGGCGAUCGUGCAGCUUGGAUGUUUACGCUUCGCGAGAGAAACUCAUGGGCGUGUCCAUCAGCUGCUAAGCGUGGAAAAGGACACACACCUCGUUAAUUCUCUGAUUAUUGCCUAUAGCAGAUGCGGAGAUUUAAGUGCAGCCAGGCUUUUGUUUGAGCGCAUGGCUGAACGCGAUCUGGCAUCGUGGAACACGAUGAUAUCUGCAUAUGGUGCACACGGGGACUGCGCCCAGGUGCUCAACUUAUUCAACCAAAUGAGAAAAGACGAGAUUGAGCCUGAUAACUACACAUUUACGUCACUACUAUCUGCCUGCAGCCAUUCAGGAUCAUUAGCAGAGGGUCUGUCCAUUUUCAGGUUGAUGAUUGAAGAACACAAAGUUGUCCCAACAGACGAGCAUUUCGGGUGCAUGGUGGAUCUACUAAGCCGAGGAGGGCGGCUUGAGGAAGCAUAUCAUGUUCUGAACCACGCGCCAUUGAGAGAAAAUGCCUCGGCAUUAGGGGCUUUCCUUGCUUCAUGCAUGGUUCACAGAAACCCGAAAAUGGGUGAAACUGCAGGGAGACAGCUCCUGGUUUUAGAACCUGGAAAUCCAAGUGCUUAUGGUUUGGUGUCAAAUUUGUACGCUGGACAAGAGAAGUGGGAUGAAGUAGCACAGAUGGGAACCAUGGCGAAGGAGAAAGGUUUGAAAAGAGUUUCAGGACGUAGCAUUAUAGAGAACACGGUUUAG